AUGAUCAUAAACGGUUUGCUCACGAUAUUCUCCGUACCUCAGUCGUUCGGAGCAGAGCACACAGCAGGAAAAUAUGCUACGGUGAGAAGGUGCAGGCAUAGAAAAACCGGAGUUCAAUAUGCAGCAAAAUAUUUAAAGAAAAGAAGAAGAUCGACCGAUUUGCGAUACGAGAUACUUCACGAGGUCGCCGUUCUUCACGCGUGCGCUCAGUGUCCCCGAAUUGUGAACCUGAUACAGGUUUUCGAAACAACAAACGAGAUGAUUCUCGUUUUAGAAUUGGCAUCCGGUGGUGAACUUCAAACUCUUUUAGACAAUGACGAAAUCCCAGAAGAAAAAGUUGUCAAAAGAUUCAUGAGGCAAAUAUUAGACGGAUUGGAAUUUUUACAUUCUGUUAAUGUUGCACAUCUCGACAUAAAGCCUCAAAAUUUGGUGCUCACGAGCGAAUUCCCCGGAUGCGAUGUCAAAUUAUGCGAUUUUGGUAUAUCCAGGUACAUUGGACAAAGCGCAGACAUAAGAGAAAUAUUAGGGACGCCCGAUUACGUGGCUCCAGAAAUUCUCAAUUACGAAGCAAUAAGUCUAGCAACGGAUAUGUGGUCGGUGGGUGUUUUGCUUUACGUUCUCCUGACCGGGUGUUCACCGUUCGGAGGCGACACGAAGCAAGAAACAUUUUGCAACAUAUCCCAAUGCAAAUUAGAUUUUCCCGAUGAUCUUUUCGAAGACAUAUCGGAAGAUGCUAAAGACUUAAUGAGAAGGCUGAUGGUCAAAGAUUCGAGUUUGAGGUUGACCGCUACGGAAUGUUUGGAGCAUUCGUGGUUUCAAAGUGAAGAAUUGCCGGUGAUGAUGCCGACUCAAUGUGAAAGUCCGAUAGAUAAUAAUAAUACUGUUAUUCCAACGAAUAUUAGAACAGAGGUACUUAUAAGAACUCCGGAAUCACCUAGGAAAAUAAUAGACGGAUCGGUUAAAAGACAAUCGAGCUUUCGUAGAACACCCGAAAUGACGAGGAAAACUAUCGAAUGCGUACGAAGGACUCCGGAAACGGCUCAUAAAUUAAUGGUUCACGGAUUUCUCAAGAGAACGCCGGAAGUGACGAGAAAAUCAUUUCCGAGUCCCGAGCCCGUGAGAAAAUUAACGGAGAUAAAUCCGUCGAAUAAAGCGAACAUAGAGAAAAACGUCGGGAAAUCCGGAGAGAAAACUCGUAAGCAUUCAUUUAACGAAUCGUUGGACGAUUUGAAUUCAAUACGGGAAAAAACGAGAAAGUUAUCGGAGGGAAAACCUUUUGAAAAUCGUAGGCAAACGUCGAUGAGAGAUUUGAGCAGGAGGUCGUCGAUCGAACUCCUCGUCAACGGUUUAACGAAGAAAAGGCAAACGUCGUUUCGGGAAACGGGAAAAAAAAACGUCAAUGACGGGGGGAGUAAAAAUUUUUUGAAUAACGACGAGUCGUCGACAACAGUGCCAAAGAAUAAGAAUUGUUGCCAAAACGAAAAGGUAAUUAAAAAAAAAUUUGAAAGUUCGAAAGUCGAAGAAGCCGUUAAGGAAAACGUAACGAGCGCGGUUAAACCCCCGUCCCCAAGCGAGCAAAAACAUCGGGAACAAAAGCAACAACAACAACAACAGCAACAACAGCAACAGCAACAACGUUACCACCCAAACGAAACGCAAAAAAGUCAAACUCUACAUAAAAAUUUAACUUUUUUUUUAAAAAACGAAGACUCUCAUAAGAUAUAUUUUGAAAAUACGAUGAAAAAAGCGCUGUCGGCUCAAACACUGCCCAUACACCCGAUUUUCCACAGGAGCAUAGAUAAAACGAUAUACAAAUGCAAGAGAAUAUUCAUAGACGACGAAAUCGGCAACAACGCGACCAUAUUAAUACCGGUAAAUUCGGGUCAGUCAUCCAUGUCGUCAAUUUCCGGUACGAGUUCGGAAACGAGUUCCAUAACGUCGGACACGGUGAGCGAAAUGUCCGUCGAUUCGAGCGGAGAUUGUUCGAGUUUUAUAUCGUCGGACGAUUCUCUCGACUACGUGUACAAAAGCGUUUGGGACUCGGGAUUGAAAGCCGGAAAAGUUUGGAUAAAAGAAUGCCGGGGAUCAUUCGAAAGAGCUCUCAGUCGGUUUAAUUUGGAUAAACCGUCGGGAGGAAACGGUGGAGGGGGAGGAGGAGUCGCCGGAGAGGGAGGAAACAAUACGAGUCCUACGUCUCCUCACAGGUAUCAGAAAAACUGCAGCGGGGGUUUAAACCGUAAAUCCAUAUACAUGUCGUCGCCGAUAUUAAAUAAAAUUGGAAAUCUCGGAACGGUCGGAUGCACGGACACGAGAAAAUAUGGCGUCCAAUUGAUGAAAGAAGGAAACGGAAAUUUGGUCGUCAUUAGAGAAGUCAAAGCCGGAAGAUAUACAAAAUUUAGCGAAGUUAAAUGCGAAUCCGUUCAAAUGUCGAUUAUGAAUAUAUACAUAUGUGAAUAUUAUUAUCACUAG